ACUUCUAGCAGCUAUGGGCACAAGAUUCCAGACCGUUGAGGCGGAGCCCUUGUACUCUGUUGCAACCAUAUUAGACCCACGUUACAAAGACAGAUACUUCACAAGUGCAGAGAGUAGUAAGCUUGCAAGAAGUGCACUGACCCAAGAGGUGGAGAAAAAUGAGGAGUCCUCACUGCAGACAACCACCACUGAGGCAGCAGACCCAGCCAGUAAGGCCCCACGGAUGACAGCAGAGCCCAACGCAAGCAGCUGCUUUAAGGGGCUGUAUGAGGAAUUCCUUCAAGAGCAUGCUGCUGAACAAGGUGGGGCCAGCAGCACAGCUAUACAGGUACAGAUAGAGACAUAUCUGGCUGAGAAAACAAUCCACCGCACAGAGAGCCCAUUCGAGUACUGGGGAAAGAAUAAAGAACGGUUCCCCUCCCUGGCUACUACAGCUGCAAAGUUUCUCUCCGCUCCCUCCACCAGCGUAGAUAGUGAGAGGCUUUUCAGCACAGCCUCUAACAUACUUGAUGAGAAGAGGAAUAGGCUGUCAGGAGAUCAUGUAGAAACGCUGAUCUUCCUCAAGAAAAAUCUGCCAAUGUACCUGAGCUUGAACCCCAAAGACUUGAAUCCUCAAGAAGACUGAGUAAACACUACUAGGUGUUGUGUGACAGAUCUGUCACUAAUGUGAAUUUAUUUUUUUCCGUUGCUUGUUUUAGUUUGUUCAGUGUGGGUUUUGCAAUUAGAACUUGUUGGAAGGAAACUAGCACUUAAAAUGGUAUUUUAUUUAUUUCUUAUGUCAGUUCUGAUAAAUCCUAUUUGUUCUUACCUCAGAUACUCUUAAUGCAGCUAUCAUUCAAAUAUACCUCAUAUGUAUAUUAUUUCUUAUUUUAAUAUAAUUAUACGUUCUUACUGUUGCACUAGUAUUAUAAAUGUUACAAUUUUAUGAAAGUUGCACUAUUUUGGCAUUUGGGAGCAAAAAUUCAGGGCUUUUAAGAGUUUAUUCUAUUAUUGUAAUGUUCUGUUGUGGUUCUGGUUAUUUUUUCAGUUUAGGAUUAUUUCUGUUUCUUGUUUUGGAUUUAUGCUUAGCCUAUUUUUGUUGUCUGGCCUUUGUUGUUAGUUUUUAUUUCACCCUGUGUCCGUUUAGUCUUGUUCCUUAUCUUAGGUUUUUGUUUAUUUAUCUUAUGCUCCCUUUAUCACCUCCACCUGUUUUUGUUAAUUAGACCCGCCCUGCUCUCCUGUUCUGUUGCCUAUUUAAGCCCGCCUUCGUUUUUGCUUAGUUGCUGGAUUAUCUCGUCUCGUUCCUGUCCGUUACCUCAUGGUGAGAGCUUUGCAGCCUCUGUUUAUGUUAUAUGUCGGUUACCCUGAAUUAUCUGUCCUGUUUUUUGAGUCUGUCCCAGCCUUUUUGUCACCCUGGAGGAUCCGUCAUCUUUUUCAAUAAAAACCCUUUUUUUAGCAUUAGCUCCGUGUUUGGCUUAACUUUGGAUUCACCACAUCAAUUCAUUACAAUUAUUAAUAUAAUUUUAACUUUGUUACUG